AUGGCCAGCAACUCCAUGCAGAGCUCGACCAGCACCCUAAGCACCCAGCCGCAACAGCCCCCCGACGCCCCGCAGCAGACGCUCGCGCCCGAGCUCCCACCGGGCAUCGGCGGCGUCGGCGGCGUCGGCAUCGGUAUCGGCGUCGGGACGACCGUGCCCGCGACGGGCGGAGAGGCGGGCGGCGUCGCGACGGCGGCCGCGAGCGCGCCGGUGAAGCGUGGGCCUGGGCGGCCGAAGGGCAGCGGGCUCAAGACCAAGUACGUCGAUCCCAAUGCUCCUCCGCCGGUCAAGCGCCCCGUCGGCCGUCCGAGGAAGGACGGGCUUCCCGCCGGCUCGGUGCCCCGUCCUAACACGACAAGUACUCGUAAACGCAGGGUCGCCGCGCCCGGAGAGUUCGCAGCCAUCGCGCCCGACGCGAAUGCGCAGCAGACGCCGCAGCCGUCUGCUAGUGCGCCGCCGUACGUCGGCCCGCUGAUCUACGCCUACCCCACGCCGACCGCCGCAGCCCAGCCGUCCUGGCAGACGGGAUACAGCACCCUGUCCGCAGCGCUGCAGGUCGAGCCGCCCGUGUCCCGCAGAGAGACCGUGAGCGUGCCGCCGCGCAGAGUAGUGGCGCGGAACCCGCCCGCGAUCGACCAUACCCUCGCCAAGGACGACUGGGCGGCGUUCGCGCGCGUCGACCCCGUCGGGCUGCUGCAGCACCUCGUCUCCGCGCUCGUCGCGCCCAACCCCGUCUCGCGCAUCGGCCAGCCCAUCGAGGACGCCUUCCGGGCGCACGUCGGCUUCCUCGCGCCCGCAGGCGCGGGCUCGCCACCGAACACGUUCUACGCGUCCUUCCGCUCGUUCUGGCUGCCGACCUCGCCCGCGUACUUCUCGCUCAUGUCGUCCUCGACCGCCGCGCCGACCCCGCCCGAGUACCGCUUCCUGUACUGGGACCCGCAGCUGCUCGUCCUGAACGGCAUCGCGUGCCCGCACUGCGCGGGCCCGCUGCUCAACCGCGGGUGCAUCCGCUCGGGGCCGAUCAAGGUGUACGACAUCGGCAAGCCGUUCUUCAUCAUCGGCUGCGAGUACGUCUGCCACAGCGUCGUGUGCAAGGUGGCCGGCGCGCCGGACGGGCGCAGGCUCGCGAGCACGGACGCGGCCAUCAUGCGCUCGCUGCCGCGCCUCUUGCAGGAGGAGUUCCCCGCGGAGCUGCUCGGCCUCUCGAUCGACGCCCCGUGGAGCUGGCAGGCGGUCGGCGUGUCCAAGACGGUCUGGGACAUGGUGCGGAGCGGGCUCGGCGCCGGGGUGGGCAAGGACGCGCUGUUGCAGAUUAUCAGGGGCACGCAGGAGGCGCUGCCGAAUAUGGUGGGGAUGCAUAAGGUGGAGGAUGCGCAUGACGGAGACGGCGGCGAGCUGGAGCUGGAGGACCCGGGAUCUGAGGAGGCGGACGGGGCGCCCACCCAUGACGCAGACGACGGCGAUUACGCAAUGACCUGGAAGGCUCACGACGCCGUCGAAGACAACCUCGCCAACGGGCAGCAGCAGCAACAACAACAACAACAGCAGCAGCAGCAGCCCGAGGCAAGCACGUCCACGGCAGUCGUCGAUGCCAACCCGCCCCAGGGCCCGCCGAUCGCCGGUCCACCAGUGUACGCCUUUCCCCAGGGUGCGCCCUACAUGCCCUCUCCCUAUGGCCCCUAUCACGCAUACGUCUACCAGCAACCUGAUCUCAACACACCCGGUCCCUCAUCGCUCGCGAAACGCGCCGGCGACGCGCUCUCCGCGGAGCCGCCGACCAAGCGCAUCCGCCACUGCGUCAAGUGUGGGUCGAAGGACUGCAAGGGCAAGGGCGGGCGCAACUUCUGCACGCACGCAUGCCAGGAUUGCGGGAAAAUGGAGUGCAGGGGGCGGAAUAGCAAGCGGCCGGACAAGACGUGCAUCGACGCGUGGCCAUGA